AAUUUUGUUCCUAAAAAUAAUACGAAAAUUAAUGUUAACAUAUGAAUAUUUGUCACUAAAUUUUAAAAAAUUGUAGUGGUGACAAAGAAACCGUUAAGUUAUUAUAAAUAGCCUCAGAAAUAGGUCAUUAAUAACGUGAUCAUAAUCAGCAAUAACAUCGUAAUUACCAUCGUGUUGUGAGAGCGCAAAAAGCAAAAAAAAAAAACAAUAAAAAGGGUUUAAGAAAUGUCCGGUGAUGUGCAACCACGCAAGCGUAAGGAUAAGAAAAAGAAACGUGAUGGUCUCGAUCGUAAAUCGGAUGGCGAGAUAACGUUUUCACGUAAAAGUAGUUUACAAGAUGAUGAAGCAUCUCACGGUGUCCAUAUUACUAAAAUGGGCACCGAUGACGUCCUUCUACACGUGCAGCAUGAUCAUGGCACGGGCGGUCAUUGGUGUGCCAAGAUAAUAUUCUUUUCAUUGAUGGCCGUACUUUUGGGUUUAGUGGCUUUAAUCAUAAUGGAAAAUCGUGACUCGACUGACAUGGACACGCCUUUGUCCGAGUCGCGUUUUUCUAAUUAUUUUGAUGGUUGGGUAGAGGAACAUCGACAAGAACAUGACGAUCACGAUGAUCACGCUGCUGCUUCUGCUGAAAACCAUGAGGACGAUGACGAGCAUGAUGAAGAGCACGAUGACGAACAUGACGAUGAACCUUACGAAGAAGUUGCAGAUGUUUCUGAAGGUGAAGAAGAGCUGCAAGAUGCGACCGAAGAGCAAACUGGUGAAGAUGAUGCUGACGAGGAAGAGGAAGAUGAACAGGAAGAAGAAGAAAUUCCCAUAAACGAUAAUGACGACGAUGAUGAGAAUAUCACCGAAGAAAAGAAUUCUGCUCAACAAUCCCAAAACGAUGAAGAUGAGGACGACGACGAAGACGACGAGAAUGUCGAUGAAAAUAUCACAGCGGAAACUUCUAAUGUAGCGUCAAAUGGGAAUAACAAUGAUAACGAUAGUGCUGACAACCAGGAAGACGAAGAAGAUGAUGAGGAUUUUGAUGACGGCACUUAUGAAUCCUUAGAAAAUCUAGUUGAUAAUGACGCAGGUGAAUUUGAACUGUUGCAAGAGAAAGCACGUCAGCAAGCAGCAGCAGCAGCCAAAAAUAAUCCGCCAUCUGUUGAAGUUAAUGAAAACGCAGAAAACGCUGACAGUAUGGAUGAUGAGAUAUCUAAUCAAGUACCGUCAUGGGCUUCCUCGCUGACUUUGAAAAUUGGUAUCGGUAUCGCUCUAGCCUCGGUAGCGCGUCUCGUAUUGAUUAGGAAAAAUCCUAUGGCAACUACUUUAGGUGAAGACAUGGCAGAAACAUUAAUGAAACGUCGCCUUACCAUAGCAACUGAUGAAGAGCCCAUACCGGAGAGUGGAAUGGAAGCAAACGACGAAUCUCUACUAGAAAACGAUUAUUCCGAGGAGGAAUUUGAAAUAGAAGAAGAAAUCGAGUAUUUAGUGGAUGAAGAGGAGCAGCCUGGUGAAGAAGGUGAAAUAGAUGCUGGAGAUGCGUACGUUCCCGAAACAUUUGAGCAAUUGGAAGCCAUGUAUCGUUCUAAGGGCUAUAAACCGGGAUCUAUAGUUGAAUCGGAAUUGGAAAUAACAUUAAAAGAAGAAGAAAAAGAUCAAGUAGAAGAAGAAGAAGAAGAACAAGUAGAAAAUAUAUCCACAAUAAACAAUCAAAUCAACAAUCAAAUGGAAGAAUCUUCUUUGAAACUAGCCGCAGUCGUUGAUUUAGCACCAAUCGCACCAGCAGAAAUUAUGUCAAAUCAAAGCGUACCAAAAUCUGUUGAGGCAAAUGUAACCUUAUCGUCAAUGAAAGAAGACUUGCAAAUACCUGAUGUUUUACCUAAGUAUUCUCAGAUGAUGCAUUAUCAGCCAGAUGAUGAAGUUAUCGAUUAUGAUGAAGAUGAUAUCUAUGACGAUGAGGAAGAAGCAGAAGAUAAUAACUCUGAAGUAUUAGAUGAAGAUGAGGCAUUAAAUGAUAAUGACGAUGUUGACGAAGAGGAUGAUAUAUCCGAAGUCGAUGAUACAGAAUUAAUGAAUCGUUUAGAAGCCAAAUAUGGCAAAUUACCAGCCAAAGAAUAUGAAAGUGAUGAAGAUCCCGAUGAUCCAUCAUGGACACAAAUAAAACCAAAAAGCGGUCCAAGAGCUUCCGAUGACGAUUUCGAUGUCUUCGAGCAAGAAUUAAGGAGAGCCAAUGAGGAAAUGCUGAGAGAGCUUUAUCCCCAAGCUUUACAAACCUAUGAUAUGCUCAUCAAAACUUACCCACAACGAAUCCAAUUGCAAUUGGCUAAGGCUCGAGCCUUAGAUGCAUACGCCGAACAACAGAAAAGCAAUCAAUUGUUAAAAGCAGCCAUUGAAGUUUAUAAGUAUUAUCUGCAGAUCGAUAAAAAAAUUGCAAAUGUAAAGGAGUAUAAAGCAGCAGCUACAAGGUGCUUGGAACGAAUGAAAUUUUUGGGACAACAUCAGGAUGCUUUGCCUUUACAUCAUGAGCUUAUAAAGCGUUUCCCGCAAGAUUUAGAGUUGCGUCAACAGCUAACGGUUACUUAUCUCUUAAUAAAUCGUUUUUCAGAGGCUAAAAAAGUUUUGGAACAAUUACUUCAAAAAUGGCCAGACGAUGGCUUUGCUUUGGUUCAUUACGGUUUUGUAUUAAAACAAUAUUAUUUGAAAUACGACAAGGCAGUCGAUUACUUGCAACGUGGCAUUGCCAGCAAAGCGGAGGGUACUCAGGAUGGACGCUUUUAUUUUCAAUUAGGCGAUGCUUUACAACGUUUGGGUCGCGAAGAAGAGGCUUUCAAAGUUUAUAAGCAAGGUGCCGAUUUAAAAUUAUUCCCUAGCAUUUAUCAGCGUUCUUUGUAUAACGAACCCGGACUUAAAGCUCAACCAUUUUGGUCAAAAAAUGAAACCGGUUAUCAGGCUUUCUUUCAUAAAUUAGAACAGAAUUGGUUGGCUAUUAAAGCAGAGGGUUUGAACAUUCUAAGUAAAGAAGGAUAUUUCAUCGAUGAAUCAGAAAAUCUCAAAGAUCAAGGUGAUUGGAAACAGUUUGAAUUGUAUGCGCGCGGUCAACAAAUAUAUCGUAACUGCUUGAAGGCCCCCAUUACCUGCAGUUUAAUUGAAGAAUUUCCUGUUGCGCGUCAGUGUCGCAGAGGACAAGUGAAAUUCAGUAUUAUGCACGAAGAUACGCAUGUAUGGCCUCAUUGCGGGCCUACCAAUUGUCGGCUGAGAGCUCACUUAGGUUUGGUGGUACCCGAAGGAGCACGAUCACGUUUACGGGUAGCUGAAGAAGAAAGCACUUGGCACGAGGGAAAAUUUCUAAUAUUCGAUGAUAGUUUUGAACAUGAGGUCUGGCAUAAUGGAACCGGUAUACGAUUGGUGUUGAUAGUCGAUGUUUGGCAUCCCGAUCUAACAUUACAAAAACGUCGCUCACUAACUGCUAUUUAAUUACGAGUUUAUUUAUUCAUCAUUUUCCACCUUAACAAAUUCAAACAGCAGCUUUAUUAUUAUUAUUAUUAUUAUUACUUUUUGUAUUUAAUUU